CAAUAUAAAUAAAUUUUGCUCACCUUAAAAACAAAAAUGCCCAGCGAAAAUAAUAUUUUCUUAAAUAAAGACUAAUACAUAUACCAUGUCGACGGAAUUCGUCAGCAUUUUAGUUCCAAGAAAUGUGGACAAUCGCUACCUGUUGGUAAAUAUUCGCGGAGAUGGUCUAUGGCUGCCCACGGGCGACAGAUUGGGGGACGAAUCAUUCAAGGCAGUGGCACAGAAGUUAGGAGAAGAGGUUACUGGUCAGAAAAUUCUCCUUAAAGGUGUGUUGAGGACACAGUUUACACGGACAGUAGAUAAUGCAACAAAAAUUCAUGUUGUCUUCCUGGCUGCUCCAGUUACUUCCAUUGAGAAGUGUACAGAUGAUGCAGUUUGGUUGAACGAAGUUGAAAUGGAGCAACAUCUUGAAGACAUUCAACCCUUGAUGCUGGGACCGGAUCCCAUUAAGUUUGUUACCCAGGUCAAGGAAGGAGGUAUGUUGCCGCAGACGUUGCUGAGUGAGGCCAGUUCGGAGUACGUUUCCGUGGAUACAGACUCCUCCCAGAUGUCACCACAGGAGUCACUUGUCAAGUCUUCCAAACUCGACAAGAAAGACCAAGAGUUGCUGUACCAGGAAUUCAUGGACUCUGUGCACCCCAGCAGCUUCAUGAACCCCCUUGUGUUCACCAAGUACAUGACACAGAAAGGGGCCAAAAGUGAACACAUGACACACUUGUUCAGAGCUUUUGAUGUGCACAAGCGGAAGUUCCUGUCAAGCAAGGACAUGUUGCUGGGUCUAGCGGCCAUGGAGCCAAGCACACAGCAUGGGGGCAUGCCUGCAGAGAUGAGGUGUAGAUACAUCUUCAGGUUCUACGAUAGAAACAUGGACGGGAACCUGCAGUUUGAUGAGUUUACGCGCCUAGUAUACGACAUUCGCCAGUGUAAAGGCCUCUCAUUAGAUGAUGAUGCUGUGAAGGAGGAUGCCUUAAACAGUGGCAAAUUGUUUGGAGGUGAAACCAAAGACAAGCUUCCCCUGGCAGACUUCCUAAGUGCAGUGGGGCAACUCAAGUUUCGUGGCACAUCAGUAUUAUUUCGCUUACCGCAAUCAUGUACACAGUCCUUGAAAAAUAUGGAGGCAGAUGACAGCCUGUCAGAUGGCAGUGACAAUGAACCGCCAUCUAAACGUGGCAGACAUAAAAUUACGGACCCAAUAAAAAACAACAAGAAAUUGAAUGAUACAGGCCCCGGACCCUUCAAGCAGCCAGAGGGUCGCCCAGUGACAGCCAUGUCCAGACAAAACCGGUAUGAGUUGGCCACACACACAGUGAAGGUGCGCCGCACUGGAGCUCUGCAAGAGGUCAUGGCCAUAUGGGAUCUGCACGGUACUGGAGCAAUCACUAACACUGCGGUGAGUCAUUUAGAAGGGGAUAUCUCACGCUUCCAGCGCAUGUCCUCCAUCGACUCAUUCAAUCAGCGCUCACAUCCCAAUGAAAUGCUCACAGGUCUUCGGUACUUCGAGAGACCCAUUAAGGGAGAAAAUGGCACACUUACAAAGAAUGCGUUUGAUUGGGGCCAGGUGGACAAGAACGCCCUGUGCAAGUGUCUGCUCACGUUAUGCCGACAUCUCAAGGACAUCCUCAAUGAUGAACCCCGUCUGCUCAAGCUCCGGUCUCCAGUCUACAUACUAGGGGACAUUCAUGGUAACUACCGUGACCUGGUUUGCUUUGAGAAGACCCUGUGGAGGAUGGGGCCACUUCUUACCCCAGCCUCCUUUUUGUUCCUGGGAGACUAUGUGGACAGAGGGGACUAUGGUGUGGAGGUGGUCUCCUACUUGUUUGCUCAGAAGAUGCUUGCACCCAGCAAGUUCUUCCUGUUACGUGGAAACCACGAGCUUCGCAGCGUCCAGGAAAUGUUCUCAUUUAAGACUGAGUGUCUGACCAAGUUUGGAGAGACGACUGGACUACAGCUGUGGGAGGCAAUCAAUGACUGCUUCGAUGUAAUGCCAGUAGCAGCCACUGUUGAUGACAAGAUAUUCUGUGUCCAUGGCGGUAUCCCCACCCCUGAGCUAGACGGGGGGUAUGUGGAGUCCAUCAACAAGGUGCCACACCCCCUAAGGAACCCUGAGGAAGAGAGUCCCUUGGCCUGGGACAUCAUGUGGAGUGACCCUGUCAGUCUAGACGUUCUUACACCAGAGAACAUUCAGGAACUGAAGAAGAACUCUGGUUUCAUCAGUAACACACGCCGUGGGACGGCCCACUUCUUCAGUUGUGAGGCCCUCAUUAGUUUCCUGGAGCGGAACGGUCUCACCCACGUGAUACGGGCACACGAGGUCCAGGAGGCAGGGUUUCAGGUGCAACAGCAGGGCAAGCUUCUGACGGUGUUUUCCUCCUCUCAUUACUGUGGUGGCACCAAUGAAGCAGCCUGCGUGUUGGCUGAUAACUACAAGCUACGAAUGAUCCGGAUUGACACUACCUGACAGAUGUUGCUCUACAAGUGAUUAGGGAGUUUUUAACUAUUUUAUUCGCCCAGCCAGGCAUCAAGGGUUCUUCAAAGCAGCAGUUCAUUUGAAUGAAAAAACACAAACAACUUUGCAGCAAUGGUUUCAAACAGACGUUCAUACUUAUCAUUAUUCAAAAUGACUUAAAACUUCUUAAAUUAAUAUUUUGGUAACAUUGUAUAAGAAAUAUCUCUAACUCUAAGGGAAAGCAGGUGACACUUAUUAAGAACCUUAUUUGUGGGAAUAUAAAACAGAACUUUUCAAGACAAAAGUUGCUUUUGUCUUUAUAUAAUUUUGCGCGUCUGAUAUAUGGACAAAAAUCGACAUUUUUGAAGUCUCAAUGUAAACAUUUUUUAAGUCAGGACUGCACAUAUGUAUGUGAUAUAACCUAUAGCAUAUAAUUUUUUGUGUAUGCCAUUUGUACUGAACGUUUUCAACCAAAAACAUUAUUCAAUUCAUUGCUAAAGUUAAUUACAUGAUUUAUGUGUAUUAAAAUUAAUUCAAUUUAAAAUGCAUUGAAUUAUAUCCUUGAACUGCUGCUUUAUCUCUUGAGUUGUAGAUAUUGGAUUGGCUUGGGUCAUAUGGUGUGCAAUGAACUGUUCCAUAGUGCUAACUGGUACCCAAGACAGCUUUAAACAAAUCAAUCUGGAAGGAUUUUGAGGAACAGAGUGUUUGGACAUCACUGUUUGUUUAGCAAUUAUUGAUGCAUAAGUAACUUUAUUGUAUUUCUUGUUCUCUUACCAGAACCAACUUGCAGGAAUAUGUUGAACCAAGUGCUUGUUGCCUUGUACAUCAGUAUUAUGUUUUUAUAUUUAUACAGUCAGGUAUUCAAGUAUUGAUUUAGAUGAAAAUAAUAUAACACAUAGUAAUCAAAUUCAAUAACUAACGGGUUAUUUCUGUGCUAUUUGAACAUAUACUUGAUGAUUUUUUGUAAGCAUUGCACUUAACCUGCAGUUCUGAAGUUUGUGUUUUAACUCCUAUUUUAUUCCUUGCUGGAAUUAGCUUAAACUAUGACAGUUAAAUGACCUUUAAGUGUAGUUUACGGUAAAGAUACACUGCAAUGAUUUUAUGGCAUAAUGGUUCUUUUUUCGAUUAUAGAUUAUAUGAGUCGUGUUCUGAGAAAACUGGGCAUAAUGCAUGUGCGUAAAGUGCCAUUCCAGAUUAGCCUGUGCAGUCCUCACAGGCUAAUCAGGGACGACACUUUCUGCUUUAAUGGUAUUUUUAGUUUCAAGGAAGUCCCUCCUUACCAAAAAUCAAGUUUAUGCGGAAAGUGUCGUCGCUGAUUAGCCUAGGCAGACUGCACAGUCUAAUCUGGGGAAACUUUUUACACACAUGCAUUAAGCCCAGUUUUCUCAGAACAAGACACAUGCAGUACAAAUAGUUUGUGUUCUCAACUCCUCUGUUCUACCAACUGGAUCUAUCUUGAACUUUAUAGUUGAAUUACCUUACAUUGUUGAUGAUUGUUUAAAAAAAGGAAUUACAUACAAGUUACCAUUUUUUCGGACUAAUGGACUUAUCAAAGUUUUUCCACUGUAGAAUACAUAGUCCGAAGUGUUGCGUUUUCAACUUGUCUUCAGAGCGGAACUCACUCAAAUGUUCACUGUUGAAUGGCCUUAAUGUUGAGAUGAUCAUAAAGAAAACAAGUUUUGGCUGCAAUAAGUUUUUGCUGGGAUGAGAUUUGGCAGUAUUAUGGUCCAUUGUCUGCAUAUCCUCUCUGUAAUGUAUAUUGGAUUUGUUUGUGAGCAAACAUGUGUCGUGUAGGGGCAUCUAAUCAGUCUGUGUUACACAUAUUUAGUUUAUAUGUAAAUGUUUCAUCAAUUACAGUAAAUUACAUAUAAUUUAAAUCAAUUGAUUGUAUUUUAUUGUGUAUAUAUGUAUGAGUUUGCUUCAUUGUUAUACAGGCAAAUCCUCACACAUUUUCUUUCAAUUUUGAAUCAAAUUAUAACAUUUACAAUGAAUUUUAAUAACAAUUCGAGUAGUUGGUACUUACAUGUGUAUAUUCAUAUAUUAUUAUAUAUUUAAAUGUGUGUGUUGAUUUGUGUCGUUUUUAAUGUGUUGUUAAGCAUACAGGAAUAUAUAUAUUUUUUAAUGCUUAUUUGUCUGUUGUUUUUUCUUUUUUACCUGAGCACAAUAUGUUCAUGGUUAGCUGUUGGGGUAUGGUAAUGUCAGUCAUCCGUUUACCAGAGCCUCUGUGCGUCAGUAAACAAUUUGUUUACAAGCCCAUAAACACUCAAAAUCAAGGAAUAUUGCUUACAAUAUUUCAAAAAAUUAAGUUAACCCAUAAAAAAAUCAGUGUUUGUUGUACCAAUAGCCAAAUUUCUACGCUAGAUGUGGUAUGAUAACAAAGAUUUUACGAGAUACAAAAUGCUCAUUUUUAUUUUUUGUGCGACAAUAUAUUCCAUGUUAAUUUCCUGCCAUGAUAUCAGAACAUUCACAAGCCAACUUGAGACUGUGGUGUAACGACGUGUUCAUGAGAACUACAUCGUGCUUCCGAACCUGCCCAAGGCCAAUCUCAUGUUUGCUUGUAAAUGUUUGGAUAUCGUAGCUCGAAAUUCACCUGGAAUAUUUUGUGACACAUUUUGUAUGGCGUUAAAUAAUAUAUAUUUUGUGAAAUAUUCAUUGAUUUUGAGUAUUUGCUACUUUAUACAAACUAUUACUGAACACUUGGGGAGAAUUUAACUGAUUGCACAUGAGUGUUCCAAGGGUGGCCCUUUUCUGGUUUCAUGACUUAUUAGGUCAUGAACCGAGUUUUGAAAGUGAAAACUUUAAAAAUCUAUGAUACCACAUGGCACAAAUAUUGGCUAUUUGGUAUUUAAUAUUGUAUUGUGGUCCUUUACAAAUUUGUUCAAGUAACUUGCUUUGGGAAAAGCUGACCACGCAAUACAUUUUCAAAUAAUUCCAACUUAUAAAACCUACAAGCGACAAUUUCUCAGGACAGCGUUCAAGGAUCCACAAGACCUCUUGUAAACAUUUUUGCAAUUAUUAUACAUAAACUGUUUUUUACUACAUUGUGAAGGCUAAACAUCAUGUACAUGUGUUUCUUUGCUGGUAUUUGUAAUUUGAGAUUUAUUUGUAUAUUUUGAACUUGAAAAACAAAUAUAUUUGUAUUUUCAAUUGUACAUACAAUUAUAUUCAGUAGUUAUCUGACAGGGGUAUAUUUUUAUUAGUUUAUUUGUUCAAAUAAUUAUUCAGUAUCACCGAGGCUUUUCUUUUACGAUUCUUUAAUUUUUAGCUCGGCUGUUUUCGGAGAAAACCCGAGGUAUUGUCAUAGCCAGCUCAUCGUGUCGUCCGCCCUCUGACAUCUGCGCCGUGCUAAAACCUUGACAUUUUGCUCUAAAAUCAAAGUGCUUCUACUACAACUUUGAAACUUCAUAUGUAGAUGUACCUUGAUGAGUUCUACACGCCACACCCAUUUUUGGGUCAAUAGGUCAAAGGUAACUGUGACUUAAAAUGUUUUUUAAAUAAAUUCUUACAAGCUUUCAUUUAUUCAAAACUGCACCCGCAGCAGAGCGUUGGCACUUUUCUUGCAGUGCUCUUGUAAAUACUUCUUACACUAUAUUCAUGUGAUAUCAUGUUAAUUUGGAUAUUUAUGAGUACAAAGUGAUUAAAGUCUACAAAGCAAAUUUAUUCCAACAAUAUAACACAAGAUCUUGUCUUUGUGCAAUGAAAAUAUUUGUUUAAGUUCCAUAUUGUUUUCUGCACCUUUCAAUUUCCUAAAGUCGAAACAUUCUUUAUGUUAACAUAUCUGUUGAUGUACAUUGAACAAAUGUCAAAUAAAAAGCUCUCAUGUUGUUAUGCCAGUUGAUUCUUUUAAACAAAUACGGAUACUAAUUAUGUACUUUUCAUGAAAACUGAUAUAUUCAUUAAUUUAUUUAAAUUAAUUAUAUCUGAUAGCAAACUCCAAUCCAAUAAUUUUAUUAGCGAGGCUGUUUUCGGAGAAAACCCGAGGUAUUGUCAUAGCCUGCUCGUUGUCGUGCUAAAACCUUUACAUUGGCUCUAAAAUUAAAGUGCUUCCACCUACAACUUUGAAACUUCAUAUGUAGAUGCACCUUGAUGAGUUCUACACGCCACACCCAUUUUGGGUCACUAGGUCAAAGGUCAAGGUCACUGUGACCUCUAAAAAAAAUAAUCCUGACAAGCUUUCGCAGCCGAGCAUAGCACACGUUAUGCGGUGCUCUUGUUUAAGAUCAAAUGUUACUUUUUGCAUAUUGUAAUGUCAAAAGAUAUUUGUUAAUAUAUCUGAAUAAUGGAUUUAUAUUUUUUCUUGAUUUCACUUGAUUUGUGAUUGAUUACUAAAACAAAUUCAUUCAUUUUUUAAAUGUUCUGAUAUUAUUGUUAGAGACCAAUAUUACUUUAUAUUUAUGGUGUGUUAAGCCAUGGAAGUAAGUGGCCACUGAAAAACUGAAGAAUUGAAGAUAUUUGGGGUUUUUUCCCUAUAGCCGUAAACUAAUACCUCUUUACUGACAAAACGAAAUGGGUUUUCCUAUGAAUAACUUGAGAAACUUCAUAAAAAAUUUUUUUACUUAACAAAACUUAUCAUGUAAUUAACAUGUAUGGCUUACUUAUACAAAAUAUAGAAAAUCGUUUUCAUGAUUACUGUUAGUAUUUGACCCAACGCUAGUGAAUUUAUGUACAAACUGCUGACUGUUGUCUCUGUUUUUAGAAUCUGCUGAUUUUGCUACAUAAAUGCUUUUAACUUCGUUCUUAAUUUGCAUAAUCAAGUUCCAGUUGUUAAUGUUUUGUAUGGAUUGCAGUUUUUGAGGAUGGCGUAGGAAAAUAAACACAAAACAGGAUA